CAUGAAGGAAAGCUAUACAUUGUAAACCCAAUUGUGAACCUCAUUAUAUUUGUGAUAACUUUUUUCAGUCUGCUCUGAAGCCUCCCUGAAUUUCUUCAUACGUGGUGGUGUCCUCCAAGUAAAAGGCCAUCAUGGGUGACGCAGAUAUGGAGUGUUUUGGCCCGGCGGCCCUUUACCUCCGGAAGCCAGAAAGAGAGCGAAUUGAAGCUCAGAACACCCCCUUUGAUGCCAAAACAGCUUACUUUGUUUCUGAGGCCUCCGAGAUGUACCUCAAGGGUAAACUGGUAAAGAAAGAGGGUGGUAAAGCUACAGUGGAAACUCUAAAUGGAAAGAGUCUCACUGUGAAGGAGGAUGAAAUCUUCCCCAUGAAUCCACCCAAGUUUGACAAGAUUGAGGACAUGGCCAUGAUGACCCACCUCAGUGAGCCUUCUGUGCUGUAUAACCUCAAAGAGCGCUAUGCAGCAUGGAUGAUCUACACCUACUCUGGGCUGUUCUGCGUCACCGUGAACCCCUACAAGUGGCUCCCGGUGUACGACUCAGUUGUCGUAUCAGGAUACAGAGGCAAAAAGAGGAUUGAGGCUCCACCCCACAUCUUCUCCAUCUCUGACAACGCCUAUCAGUUCAUGCUGCAAGAUAAGGAAAACCAGUCAAUCCUGAUUACUGGAGAAUCCGGGGCAGGAAAGACUGUGAACACCAAGCGUGUCAUCCAGUACUUUGCGACAAUCGCAGUGGCUGGAGCAAAGAAGGCUGAGCCAGUUCCGGGCAAAAUGCAGGGAUCACUGGAAGACCAAAUCAUUGCAGCUAACCCCUUGCUGGAAGCCUAUGGCAAUGCCAAAACUGUGAGGAAUGACAAUUCAUCACGUUUUGGUAAAUUCAUCAGGAUUCAUUUUGGAACCACCGGCAAGCUGGCCUCAGCUGAUAUUGAGACCUACCUGCUAGAAAAGUCUCGUGUGACCUUCCAGUUGUCUGCUGAGAGGAGCUACCACAUCUUCUAUCAGCUCAUGACUGGCCACAAACCCGAUCUGAUUGAGGCUCUCCUGAUCACCACAAAUCCUUAUGACUACCCAAUGAUCAGUCAGGGUGAAAUCACUGUCAAGAGUAUCAAUGACGUUGAAGAAUUUAUCGCAACUGAUACUGCCAUUGACAUUUUGGGAUUCAACGCAGAUGAGAAGGCAGCAAUGUAUAAGCUCACUGGAGCUGUUAUGCAUCACGGCAACAUGAAGUUUAAGCAGAAGCAAAGAGAGGAGCAGGCUGAGCCUGAUGGCACUGAGGUGGCUGAUAAAAUCUCCUAUCUCAUGGGUCUGAACUCUGCUGACUUGCUCAAAGCUCUGUGCUACCCCAGAGUGAAAGUCGGAAAUGAAUUUGUGACUAAAGGCCAGACUGUGCCUCAGGUGAACAAUUCAGUCUCAGCUCUCAGCAAAUCUGUCUAUGAGAAAAUGUUCUUGUGGAUGGUGGUCAGGAUCAAUGAGAUGCUGGAUACUAAGCAGCCCAGAAGCUUCUUCAUUGGUGUGUUGGAUAUUGCUGGUUUUGAGAUCUUUGAUUUCAACAGCUUGGAGCAGCUCUGCAUCAACUUCACCAAUGAGAAACUGCAACAGUUUUUCAACCACCACAUGUUUGUCCUGGAGCAAGAGGAGUACAAGAAAGAAGGAAUUGAGUGGGAGUUCAUUGACUUCGGUAUGGACUUGGCUGCCUGCAUUGAGCUUAUUGAGAAGCCAAUGGGCAUCUUCUCCAUCCUUGAAGAGGAGUGCAUGUUCCCCAAGGCUUCAGACACAACCUUCAAGAACAAACUGUAUGACCAACAUCUUGGCAAAAGUGCCCCCUUCCAGAAACCAAAACCUGCCAAAGGCAAAGCUGAGGCUCACUUCUCUCUUGUUCACUAUGCUGGCACUGUCGACUACAAUAUCACUGGCUGGCUGGACAAGAACAAGGACCCCCUGAACGACUCAGUUGUUCAGCUUUACCAGAAGUCAUCUGUGAAGCUGUUGGCUCACCUCUAUGCCGCACAUGCUGGAGCUGAGGCUGAUACUGGAGGCAAAAAGGGCAAGAAGAAGGGUGGCUCCUUCCAGACUGUGUCAGCUCUUUUUAGAGAGAAUCUGGGCAAGCUGAUGACCAACUUAAGAAGCACCCAUCCUCACUUUGUGCGUUGUUUGAUUCCAAAUGAGUCAAAGACUCCAGGUUUGAUGGAGAACUUCCUGGUCAUCCAUCAGCUGAGAUGUAAUGGUGUGCUGGAGGGUAUCAGAAUUUGCAGAAAGGGAUUCCCCAGCAGAAUCCUCUAUGGUGACUUCAAGCAGAGAUACAAAGUAUUGAAUGCAAGUGUGAUUCCUGAGGGACAAUUCAUUGACAACAAAAAGGCUUCAGAGAAACUCUUGGGCUCUAUUGAUGUUGACCAUACUCAGUACAAAUUUGGACACACAAAGGUGUUCUUCAAAGCUGGUCUGCUGGGUACACUUGAAGAGAUGCGAGAUGAAAAACUUGCCAUCCUGGUUACCAUGACACAGGCUCUCUGCAGAGGUUACGUCAUGAGGAAGGAGUUUGUUAAGAUGAUGGAAAGGAGGGAGGCCAUCUACUCCAUCCAGUACAACAUCCGCUCAUUCACGAAUGUCAAGCACUGGCCAUGGAUGAAGCUGUACUUCAAGAUUAAGCCUCUCCUGAAGAGUGCCGAACAAGAAAAGGAGAUGGCCAACAUGAAAGAGGACUUUGAAAAAACCAAGGAUGACCUCUCAAAGGCAUUAUCCAAGAAGAAGGAACUGGAGGAGAAGAUGGUUUCCCUUCUGCAGGAAAAGAAUGACUUGCAGCUGCAGAUCCAAUCCGACAGUGAAACCCUUGCUGAUGCAGAGGAAAGAUGUGAGGGGCUUAUCAAAGCCAAAAUCCAGCUUGAGGCCAAAGUCAAAGAGGCUUCUGAGAGGCUGGAGGAUGAGGAAGAGGUCAAUGCUGAGUUGACAGCGAAGAAGAGGAAGCUGGAGGAUGAAUGCUCCGAGUUGAAGAAAGACAUCGAUGACCUGGAACUUACCCUGGCUAAAGUAGAGAAGGAGAAGCAUGCCACUGAGAACAAGGUCAAAAACCUGACUGAGGAGAUGGCCACUCUUGAUGAGUCCAUUGCCAAGUUGACCAAAGAGAAGAAAGCCCUCCAAGAGGCCCAUCAGCAGACACUGGAUGAUCUUCAGGCAGAGGAAGACAAAGUCAACACUCUGACAAAAGCCAAGACCAAGCUGGAACAGCAAGUGGAUGAUCUUGAAGGAUCCCUGGAGCAAGAAAAGAAGCUCCGCAUGGAUCUUGAGCGAUCCAAGAGGAAGCUGGAGGGCGAUCUAAAGUUGGCCCAUGAGACCAUCAUGGAUCUGGAAAAUGACAAGCAGCAGUCUGAUGAGAAAAUCAAGAAGAAGGACUUUGAAUCAAGCCAGCUUCUUAGCAAGAUUGAGGAUGAACAAUCCCUCAGUGCUCAGCAUCAGAAGAAGAUCAAAGAACUUCAGGCCCGUAUUGAGGAGCUUGAGGAAGAGAUUGAAGCUGAGCGGGCUGCUCGCGCCAAGGUGGAGAAGCAGAGGUCUGAUCUCUCCAGGGAACUUGAGGAGAUCAGUGAGCGACUUGAAGAGGCCGGUGGAGCCACUGCUGUUCAGAUCGAGAUGAACAAGAAGCGCGAGUCUGAGUUCCAGAAGCUCCGUCGUGACCUGGAAGAGUCCACCCUGCAGCACGAGGCCACCGCUGCAGCUCUUCGUAAGAAGCAGGCUGACAGUGUGGCUGAGCUCGGGGAGCAGAUUGACAACCUUCAACGCGUCAAACAGAAGCUGGAGAAGGAGAAGAGUGAAUAUAAGAUGGAGAUUGAUGACCUCAGCAGCAACAUGGAGAAUGUCUCCAAAUCCAAGACUAAUCUGGAGAAAAUGUGCCGCACACUUGAGGAUCAACUGAGUGAGCUGAAGACCAAGAGUGACGAACAUGUGAGGCAGCUUAAUGAUGUUGGUGUCCAAAGAGCAAGACUGCAAACAGAACAUGGUGAAAUCAGCCGCCAGCUGGAAGAAAAGGAGGCCCUGAUCUCUCAGCUCACAAGGAGCAAGCAGGCUAACAUUCAGCAAAUUGAAGAGCUUAAGAGGCACGUUGAAGAGGAAGUUAAAUCCAAGAAUGCCUUGGCCCACGCUGUUCAGUCCUCCCGUCACGACUGUGACCUGCUCCGAGAGCAGUAUGAGGAGGAACUGGAGGCCAAAGCAGAGCUCCAGAGGGCAUUGUCCAAGGCCAACAGUGAGGUGGCUCAGUGGAGAACCAAAUAUGAAACGGAUGCCAUUCAGCGCACUGAGGAACUUGAGGAGGCAAAGAAAAAGCUUGCCCAGCGUCUCCAGGAUGCUGAGGAGUCCAUCGAGGCAGUGAAUGCAAAAUGUGCCUCUCUGGAAAAGACCAAACAGAGACUUCAUUCUGAAGUGGAAGACCUGAUGAUUGAUGUGGAGAGAGCCAACUCUCUGGCUGCCAACCUUGACAAGAAGCAGAGGAACUUUGACAAGGUUCUUGCUGAGUGGAAGCAGAAAUUCGAAGAGAGCCAGGCAGAGCUUGAGGGAGCUCAGAAGGAGGCCCGCUCUCUCAGCACUGAAAUGUUCAAGAUGAAGAACUCAUAUGAAGAAGCUCUGGACCAUCUGGAGACUCUGAAGAGGGAGAACAAAAAUCUGCAACAGGAGAUCUCUGACUUAACGGAACAAAUUGGUCAGACCGGAAAAACCAUUCAUGAACUGGAGAAAGGCAAAAAGAUUGUGGAAACAGAAAAAUCUGAACUGCAGUCCUCUCUUGAAGAGGCUGAGGCAACACUUGAGCAUGAGGAGUCAAAGAUCCUUCGCGUACAGCUUGAAUUGACCCAAGUCAAGGGUGAGAUUGACAGGAAGCUUGCCGAGAAGGAUGAAGAGAUGGAGCAAAUCAAGAGGAACAGCCAGCGUGUAAUUGAGUCCAUGCAAACCACUUUGGAUGCUGAGGUCAGGAGCAGGAAUGAUGCCCUGAGACUCAAAAAGAAGAUGGAGGGAGAUCUGAAUGAGAUGGAGAUUCAGCUGAGCCAUGCCAACCGCCAGGCCGCUGAGGCCCAGAAACAACUGAGGAACGUCCAAGGUCAACUCAAGGACGCUCAAUUGCACCUGGAUGAUGCUAUUAGAGGUCAGGAUGAAAUGAGGGAGCAAGUUGCCAUGGUGGAGCGCAGGAACAACCUGAUGCUGGCUGAAAUCGAGGAGCUGAGAGUUACUCUGGAGCAAACAGAGAGAAGCCGCAAAGUGGCCGAGGCUGAGCUGGUUGAUGCCAGUGAGCGCGUGACACUGUUGCACUCCCAGAAUACCAGCCUGAUCAACACCAAGAAGAAGCUGGAAGCUGACCUUGUACAAGUCCAGGGUGAAGUGGAAGAUGCUGUACAGGAAUCAAGGAAUGCGGAUGAAAAGGCCAAGAAGGCCAUCACUGAUGCUGCCAUGAUGGCAGAGGAGCUGAAGAAGGAACAAGACACCAGCGCUCAUUUGGAGAGAAUGAAGAAGAACCUGGAGGUGACAGUCAAGGACCUGCAGCACCGCCUGGAUGAGGCCGAGACUCUGGCCCUCAAGGGAGGCAAGAAGCAACUCCAGAAACUGGAGGCUCGGGUUCGUGAGUUGGAGAGUGAGGUUGAUGCUGAGCAAAGGCGUGGUGCUGAGGCCGUCAAGGGUGUACGCAAAUAUGAGAGAAGAGUUAAGGAGCUGACCUAUCAGACUGAUGAGGACAAGAAGAAUAUCCACAGACUCCAGGAUCUGGUUGACAAGCUCCAGCUGAAGGUCAAGGUCUACAAGAGGCAGUCAGAGGAGGCUGAGGAACAGGCCAACACUCACCUGACCAGGUACAGGAAGGCUCAGCAUGAGAUGGAGGAGGCUCAAGAGAGGGCUGACAUUGCCGAGUCCCAGGUCAACAAGCUGAGGGUAAAAAGCCGUGAAAUGGUUAAGUCCAAGGAUGCAGAGGAGUGAGCAGGAAACCAACGUGAUGCAGCAAGACUCAUAAAAUAUGAUUUUCUUGUUGCUACUUCAUGUUACAAUUAUAUGUUGAACAUGUGAUUCUCUGUGUCAAUAAAGGUAGAUAGCUUGCUGCAAACUGUCA